AGUAGAAAGGACUUAAAUAUCAGGACCGCUGAGCACAAUGGACCAGGGGCACUGAGUGCGCUAAUCUGACGCCGAACACCCCAGACUACUCUCACUUCUGAUGUUUUCCUCUGAAGUAUCGGAUGAUCUUGAAGGAUAUUCAAGAGGACUAGGGGGAAAGAAAGUUUGGAUAGUUUCCCUUCCAGAGAAAGCUUUUAUUGUGGAUACUCCCCGGCUGCAUUGAGAAUAGCAGAUAGGACGGAUAACGAUGGCUCGGGAGGUGAAGUGGUUCUUAGUGGUGGCUUAGGAUCAACAGAGCCACCGCUGAUCCUGUUAUCUCCAUCAUCACCGCUGAAGGCGGCCCUGCUGGUGUGGUCAGGAUGCCCCCCACCACACCUUACGCCGGUAAGUUCGGCCCCUGCAGCACCUACAACAGCAACAACAACCACCCCCCUCCACCCCGCAGCCCCUACCGCCAGAACAACAACCACAACAACAUCACCUCCAGCACCCGGCCCUGCAAGGACGGUCUCUAUGACAACCAGGCCCCCGCCCGGCCCUGCAAGGACGGUCUCUAUGACAACGCCCCCGCCAGACCCUGCAAGGACAGUCUCUAUGACAACGCCCCCGCCAGGCCCUGCAAGGACGGUCUCUAUGACAACCAGGCCCCCACCAGGUCCUGCAAGGAUGGUCUCUAUGACAACGCUCCCCCCAGGCCCUGCAAGGACGGUCUCUAUGACAACGCCUACACCGCCACCGAAAACCCCUACGACAUCCCCCAGCCCUGCAGCCCCCACCGGACCACCGCCACCACCACCAAACACCACGUCUACAAUCCCGCCCCCGCCAGCCCCGUCACGGAGAACCCCUACAGCACGCCGCACCCUGCGCCCGGUGCGCGAUACCACCACCACCACAGCAGCAGCAGCACUUCCUGUAGCGGGCGGCUGUACCGCAACGCUAGCAGCAGUAGCAGUAGUGGCGCCGGCGAGCGUGACCGCUAUCGGAACGCGUCAAACAGCAGCGCAGGCAGCGACCAGUCCUACAGGAGCAACAGCGGGGGGCCCGCCGACCCCAAGGAGGGCCGCUUCGGCAACGGCAUCACCGCCAGCUACGGGGAGAUGUGUUACCACGACAACAGCCUGGUGUCGGGUUCCCUUGAGGCUCUGAUUCAGCACCUGGUGCCCACGGUCGAUUACUACCCCGAUCGGUCAUAUGUGUUCACCUUCCUGCUCAGCUCACGCCUCUUUCUCCACCCCUACGAGCUGAUGAGCAGGGUGUGCCACCUGUGUGUGGAGCAGCAGAGGUCUGGGGACCCCCUGCUUGACAAGAUCCGUGUCUGCGAGGUGGCCCCCAAGCUGGUCCAGCUGCUGACGGAGUGGACCGAGACCUUCCCCUACGACUUCAGGGACGAGAGGAUGAUGCGCUGCCUCAAGGACAUGACGCACCACGUUGCUAGGGGAGACGAGUAUUCGUGGCGGGCCAUGCAGCAGAUGACUCAGCGGCUGAUCAAGCGCCUGUCGGCCCUGGGUCAGUACGAGGAGGCAGUGGCCGCGCUGAGCGCAGUGGCAUUGGAGCGCCCCGCCUCGCUAAAGAACAAGCUGACCUCCGCUCAGCGCGCGGAUGCAAUGAGCGUGUGUGACGACCCCUUCGUCCUCGCCCAGCAGCUCACCCACAUCGAACUGGACAGACUGAGUUUCAUCGGCCCAGAGGAGUUCAUCCAGACGUUUGCGCUGAAGGACCCUCUGGAGAACCACAAGGGAUUCUUCCGGAAGAGGAAGACCAGUAACCUGGAGGCGUACGUCAACUGGUUCAACAGACUGAGCUACCUGGUGGCCACAGAGAUCUGUCUGCCGGUGAAGAAGAAGCACAGAGCACGUGCGAUCGAGUUCUUCAUCGACGUGGCCCAGGAGUGCUUCAACAUCGGGAACUUCAACUCCCUCAUGGCCAUCAUCACUGGUAUGAACAUGAGUCCUGUGUCUCGUCUGAAGAAGACGUGGAGUAAAGUCAACACAGACAAGUUUGACAUUCUGGAGCAUCAGAUGGAUCCCUCCAGCAACUUCAGUAACUACCGGACCGCUCUGCGCGGGGCCACCCAGAGGUCAGAGACCGCCCACAGCAGUCAGGAGAGGAUUGUGAUCCCGUUCUUCAGUCUUCUCAUUAAAGAUAUCUACUUUCUCAAUGAGGGCUGCGCUAGCCGGCUAACCACCGGACACAUCAACUUUGAGAAACUGUGGGAGCUGGCGAAGCAGGUCAGUGAGUUCCUGGUGUGGCGCCAGGUGGUCUGCCCCUUCCAGCGGGACCGCCGCAUCCUCCAGUUCCUCGUCACCUCGCCGGUCUUCAACGAGGACGAGCUGCACCUGGCCUCCUAUGAGAGCGAGGGGCCAGAAAACCACAUGGAGAAGGACAGUCGCAGGUCCCUCAGGUCCUCUCUGCUUCAUCGGGAGAAUCGGUCCUAGAGUAAACGUAGAUGUACACAUCAAACACCCCUCUGAAGGGGGGAGGGGCCAAUGAAUCAACCCAUCUUACAGUCAGAAGAAAAGUGUUCAGUACUGCCAUUGGUUAACAGAAAUGGGACAGUAGGCCUAUGUGUGUAGUACGUAUUAUCACAGCUUGAUAAAAUAUAAUUUUUUUAUAUUUCAUGUCAGUAAGGUGGCAAAAUGUUUAUCAGGAACCAUUCAAUUAGUUUUUCUUUUUAAAUUCAAAAUCCUUAAAUGGUAAUACUUAUAGUAACCGGUGUUAUGAUACACACUACUUUACUAAAACUGCCUGCAGUACCUAAUGAUGUCUUUUUUAAGCUAAAGAAGUGUUACAACUCUAAUCGUGAAGUCAAACUUGUGACAACGAUGUGCUUUGAACAACCUUUCUGUGAGGUUUAGUAAAGUAGAACCAAAAUGGCCGCCAGCUGCCUUGUCAUGGAGUGCUUGAUAUUUUUUCUGCCUUAUUCGGAGCAGUUUGUUGCGCUCAGGUCGCGUCACUGAUUAAUAGGACGCAAACGUAUUAUCACGUUCUGGUAACACUCUUGCGUCACCUGGAGGAAAUGGUUUAGUAUUCAGGAUCUUGACACUAUUUGUUAGUCAGGGUAUCUUGUUUUGAGUGGGUCUGGCAGACUAGAAGGAAACAAUGUCACAAACGUUUUAUAAAUUGUUGUGGUGUUAUUCAUGAUUUCCUUUAUUUCUCUACAACCUGGAUAGUUAGGGUUCGGUCGAGUCUUUGCGAAUCAGUGGUUAUUUGUGAUUAGAUGUCCUCUGUGGGAAAUGAACCCAGUCGGCACCAGAGCACUUCAGUACAGACGUGGUGUGUGUGAUUAUUUCAGGUUGUGAGGCCCCUCUCUGAAGGCGCCGUGCAGUAUUAACAUCGUAUGGUGUAACCAUGGCUUUGUUUUGUAUAUUAUCUGGUGGUUAGGAGCUUGUUGCUGGUUAGCUUGCUCUGGUUCACCAACUCUAACGUCUGUGCUGCUUUAUUACGAAACCUCAAACUUCUCAUCAUCUCAUCUGCGACGGUCGCUGACCUCGCCGGCUCGCCCCCUUCGGAAUAAGCCUGUACAAAAUGUUUUAUUUUGUCAUGUUGAAGUGAUCUAAGUUUUCUUCUAUCAGACUUUCAAAUGUAUGUGUUUUUUGUAUGUUUUUUGUGUAUCGUGGCCCGAUCUGGGUUUUCUCACUAAAGCUCUCUGUGAAAAUGAAAUUCUAUAUAUUUUUUCUUUCAAAUAAACGGACUGAAAAUGUA